AUGUUGUCCUACGAUAGUGCGAUGCCCAAUGGACAAGAUCAGGCGGCGGCGGCUCCAUUGCCUUCGGCCUCUGUCAAACCUGUUGCGGCAACCGCUGCUGGCGCCGUGGUGGCUAAUAGCCAGACACAACCUCACCAGCAGCACCACCUCUGGUUGGUUACUGGCCCUGCAGGAUGCGGCAAGACGACGGUAGCCGAGCAUUUGGCCAAUGCGCUUGAUAUUCCUUACAUCGAGGGUGACCUGUAUCACCCCCAGUCCAACAUAGACAAGAUGAGCUCCGGUAUCCCUCUUACCGACGCCGACAGAUGGGAUUGGCUUACCGAAUUGCGGAAUCAAGCUAACAGCCGGAUCCACGAUGGGGCGGAAGGAGUGGUUGUUGCUUGUUCCGCUCUCAAGCUCAAAUACAGAGAUGUCAUCCGCGUGGCUGCAUACUGGGACCGUUCACUGAUAAUCCACUUCAUUUUCCUUCAUGCGCCUGCGGAGCUGCUCUUGAAGCGUGUCACUGCGCGCAAGGGCCAUUACAUGGGUGCCAACAUGGUCAAAAGCCAGUUUGACAUCUUGGAACGCCCUAGGGAGGAUGAGAUUGACGUCAUCACGGUUGAUGCCAGUCGUGAUGUCGACGAAGUUAAAGAGGACGCCCUGGAGAAGGUGAAGGCAAUGUUGGCUGCUGAAGAGUGA